AUGAAACUCGCUGAUGCUGGUAACUACACAUGCGUUGCUUUCGAAGAUGGCCGGACUACGCAAUUGGUUGUCCCAGUCAAAGUAUUCCAGAGCCCCGAAAUUAUGAUUCUCCCCCGUGAAAACUUGGAAAUCGCGUACGGCUCAAAUCUCGUGCUGAAAUGUAUGGCGCUAGGACUUGGCCCUGACGGAAACCCGCCAAAACUGACGUGGAUUACUCCCGCUGGUUAUUCAGUUAACAAUACAUUUGGGAGACGAACAGAAGAAUAUUUGGCGGAGGAAAGUGAUGAAAGAAUUUAUCAGACUUCUGGCAUCGAGCGUGUCGGCUCCCGUAAUGGAAGCAAAUUGAAUGGUCAGAAGAAGUGUGAGUCAGAGGAGCUGAAAUCGGCAGAUAUCAAAUAUCUGCUUGCAUACUUCUAUCUAUCUAUCUAUCUAUCUAUCUAUCUAUCUAUCUAUCUAUCUAAUCACAAUCCCAGCAUGGCAUCUAUCUAUCUAUCUAUCUAUCUAUCUAUCUAUCUAUCUAUCUAUCUAUCUAUCUAUCUAAUGACAAUCCCAGCAUGGAUUAAUCUAUCUAUCUAUCUAUCUAUCUAUCUAUCUAUCUAUCUAUCUAUCUAUCUAUCAAAUCACAAUCCCAGCAUGCAUCUGUCUGUGUAUGUAAACACAAUACAAGCAUCUAUCUAUCUAUCUAUCUAUCUAUCUAUCUAUCUAUCUAUCUAUCUAAUGACAAUCCCAGCAUGGAUUAAUCUAUCUAUCUAUCUAUCUAUCUAUCUAUCUUAUGACAAUCCCAGCAUGGAUUAA